AUGGGGAUAGAGGUGGUGAUAGAAGCGAGGCAGGAGUCAAGCUCCUCCAGGAAGCCUGCUGGGGGACCAGGGGGAAGGAGUAGAGGAGAUCAGGUUGGAAGAGUUAGAGCAGUGCUGGUGGGAGAUUUAGCGAGAGCCAAUGCCAAAUUGUACCUGGCUGUGUUUUCAGCAGUUCUGGGGAACUUUAACUUUGGGUUCUCGAUGGUCUACACAUCGUCUGUUAUACCACACCUGCUGAACUCCACAAACCCCAACCUAAGAAUGAAUAAUGCUCAAGUUGCAUGGUUUGGGUCAGUGUACACGCUGGGGGUGGCGUUUGGAGGGAUCAGUGGGAUGUUCCUGAAUGACUGGCUGGGGAGGAAGCUCUGCAUCAUGAUGUCUGCCGUACCCUCUGUGGCGGGCUAUGCGGUGAUGGGCAGUGCACAGGGAGUGUGGAUGCUGCUGCUUGGACGCAUUCUCACAGGAAUAGCUGCAGGGAUGACAUCAGCCUCAAUACCAGUGUAUGUGUCAGAAAUUUCCAAACCAGAAGUGCGAGGAUGGUUGGGAUCCUGCCCUCAGAUCACAGCUGUCUUUGGGGCCCUUUCUCUGUAUGCACUUGGGCUGGGGCUGCCCUGGCGCUGGCUGGCUGUGGCGGGGGAGGUGCCCACUCUGCUCAUGCUGGUGCUGCUGUGCUUCAUGCCAGACUCGCCUUGCUUCCUCAUCUCCAAGGGCAGGGCUGAGGAGGCACAGCGCUCACUGGCCUGGCUUCGAGGGGCCGAGACUGACUACAUGCGCGAGUUUGCGGAGAUUGACCGGAGUAUCAAGGCACAGGGUAAGAUCUCGUGCACAGACCUGCGGAAUCCCUUUUACUACAGGCCCGUCCUCAUCACUGUGCUCAUGAGGUUUUUACAGCAGAUGACGGGAAUCACCCCUAUCCUUGUCUACCUGGAGCCCAUCUUCAAUAUGACCAAAGUCAUCCUGCCUGGGGAUUACGAUGCUGUCAUUGUGGCUUUCGUCCGGCUGGUGGCUGUAAUUAUCGCUGCCACUUUCAUGGAUAAAGCAGGGAGGAAGAUUCUGCUUUUCCUGUCUGGGUUUCUCAUGUUCCUCUCCACUCUGACAAUGAGUCUGUACAUUCACUUCAGUGAGGACCACUCCCAACCCCAGCCCCACCACAACAGCACCCAGCUCCUCACUGAUCUCCUCUCACAGCCACACAGCAUGCUCAGUACAGGAGGGCAGGGUCUCCUCACCUGGAUACCUCUCAUUAGCACCAUGGUCAUUAUAUUUGGCUAUGCAGUGGGCUGGGGUCCCAUUACCUGGUUGCUUAUGUCAGAGAUUCUGCCCCUGGGUGCUCGCGGGAUGGCCUCUGGUCUGUGUGUAACGGUCAGCUGGAUCACAGCCUUCGUCGUGACAGAGGUCUUCAUGACUGUCGUGAAUGCCUAUGGCCUAUUCGUCCCCUUCCUGUUCUUCGCAGUGGUGUGCGUGGUGAAUAUCAUCUUCACAGCAGUGUGCGUGCCAGAAACGAAGGGGAGAUCACUGGAGGAGAUUGAGAACUACUUCAGAACGGGAUGCACAUUCAGCAUCGACGAGUAACGACAUGAAAGAAUCUACUGAUGGAACACAGAUACUUACAGGGGACUGCUAAGUGAUCUGGGAAACGGUAUGUAUUUUCUAUGGCGAUAUCAGAGCUUAUCAUAUGAAUCAGUAUUCAUGCUCUGAUUUAAAAACUUGAACAAGAGCUUUCAGACUCUCAACAUAUUGUAACUGACUGCUCGCUGCUAUAUAGGGUGUUUUCCACGAGCAAACUAGAUUGCAUACAGUAUUCAGGCUAUACAGUAGAAAUGCAAUAUGCCAUUUUAAAAGCUUUCCUGCGUUAAGUUCUAGAAUCUUAUAGAAUGGAUUGGUCAAGAAAAAAGUCACGCAGGAGGUGGACUGCUGCGCUGGGCACUUACAAACAGACAGAAGGUUCCUUCUAUCCUGGAGAGUUGAUAUAGUACACAGAUACGUACUGUAGCAGCCAAAGCUUUAUAGUACAAGUCAUUCAACUUCCAUAGUUGUGAGCAAGAGGAAUGACUUAAAUAGCAGCCUACACUUCCAGUUUAAACAUGCAAAGAAUGAAGAGACAUCAAGAUUCCUAACAGUAAAUGAUAACUUUGUUGCACUUUUAAGGUUGCAUAUAAUCCAGCUGCUGUUGUUACACCCCCAUGCUUUUAAAGAGGUCACAAAAAAACAAGGAAAACUAUGAAAGUAUGUGCUAACCAGAAAUCAUAGUUCAUAUUAAAAUCAAAUAAAACUCAACAAUCUUGUGGAGCACUCUAUCUUAAAUAUAAGUACUGUAAUCCACGCUCUUCCGGCAAACACAAACACAUAUUUGUGCUGUUUUGUGUUUUAAUAAAAGUGGUGUUGCCAAAAUCAUUCCUUCCCCUCCCUGUAAGCUUUUACUUCUUUCUUCUUUUACUCAAAAGACUGGGAAUACAUUGAGGUUGAGGGCUACAGCAUUCCAGAUCUGGAGCCCAGCAUCAAGUGAUUAUUUACUCAUGAAGGGAACAGAUCUGUCUCUGUCUAUGAAUUAACAAACCCAGGAGAUACUAGGAAUUGACCUUCUCAUAAGGAAGCGGGGCAAUGCGAGUUUCAUGUUAAUUAAAGCUGCUAUUAUUAAUCACACUGCACUGUUGAUUGGGUCAGGUGUGUAUUAUAAUUGCUUUGUACUUGUAAGAAAAAAAAAAAAAGUAUCUUGAUUAUCAAUAACAGGACAACAAAAUGCAAAUCUUUUGACAUUUCUAAUGCAAUAAAGUAUUUUGCCAAAUUGGUGCAAUUCUUUU